AUGUUGCUGCUUAAUCGUGUUCGUAAGGCCAUCUCAGCAAGCCAAGUUGGGCUCGAGCCUCAUUCUUGGACGCUGCCAUCCCCCUCGUCUUAUCCCACCCCCAAGCCGGGCGGCAAACUCCAGACAGUGAUCCCAAACCCCAAGAUCUUUGCCAACGCUCACAUCCCGGGCCACAUCGAGUACAACACCGAGAAGAACCCUCUUGUCUACCCUGACGUCAGCCACGCCGCUGUCCACCUCGCUCUGCUCGAGUGUUUCCACAACUUCCGCCUCAGCGCAACCGAGGUCGAGCUUGACUGCCCCCCUGCCUAUGAGGAGAGGCUGUCUGACGAUGAUGGCGCCGAACCGACGCCCCACGACACGCACCGAUGGCAUACCCUGAUCCGGCUGGCCGUCACGCGCUUCGAGGCGUGGUGGGCCAACAUUGACGCCGUCCUCAACCACGCCGCCAUCUACGCCUACCCUCACAAAGGACUACCUCCCCCCCUCGACGUCCUCUUCGUCUGGUACACCUUCAUGCUCGAGACCGACGCCUACCGCCUCGAGUGCGGCGACCCCCGCCACUCCGACCACGUCCGCCAGCUCUGCUUCCCCUGGGCUGCUCUCCGCGAGGUCCUCGACGUCCACACGAUGGAGUACGCGCUCCCCCGCGCGGCCCAGGUGCUCUUCGACACCAUGUCCGGCCAGUCCGCCGAGCUGCCCUCGUACCUCCGCGACCCCCCCGCGUACGCGGAGCUCGACAUGCCCCUGCACGUCGACCUCUUCGACGUCGCGAAGCGCCACGACGAGUUCAUAGACGAGGCGCACAGGCUCCUCUGGAUCCGCGGCCCGUCGCUGUAUGGAUCGCUGGAGCGCGCGUCGGUGGCCUACUUCGCCCUGCAGCUGCUGGAGGGCGGCGAGGCGAUGGACGGCGACAGGGCUCUGCAUUUCGGCGUCGAGCUCAUUUGGAGGACGCACCGUCUGUACUCGGAGCAGUACGAGUGUUUCCAGCGUGUGAUGAGGGACUACCCGAAGCACGAGGACGGGCUCGACUUCGAAACGACCCAGCAGAGGUCAGCCACAAUGUCCCCUGACACGUCGGAGCCUCUGGACGUGCUGGACUCGAACGAGUCCUCGUCCUCUUCCUCCUCGGAGAUUUGCAUCUGCUGGACCUGCGAGCGCAUUAGAGACGAUGUGCCCGAGUUUGUCCACCCCGCGCCUUCGCCCGAGGGUGAGCCCGGCUCGCCCACCGUCCCCUCGCAGCUGGUCGGGCUCUCCUCAGCGCAGAUCCGACAGAUCCUGGACGACCUGGGCUUCUUCAAGGCGGUCGAGGCGGCCCGCAGCGGCGGGCGCGCACUGCCGGUGCGGUCAUCCAGCGGAUCGGAGCAGGACGCGGACAAGGUGGCCGGGUCCAUGGCCGGGCUGUUCGAGUACUUUGAGAGGAUGCCCGACGGGACCUACAAGGUCCGGAAGCAGACGCAGGCCGUGGCCUGGAGCGGAUUGCAGGCGUAG